UUGUACUCUGUGAGGAAUUUGGUCGAACAUUUAGAAGAAGAACAAAUGGAUACUCAGAGCAUUAAAACCGAAAACCAGCCAAAACCUGCAGUUUCGACAUCUUGCAGGAAGCAUGUGAAGGAUGAUAAUGCAACUUUCCUUGCAAACCUCAAGGAACACUUCAACGAAUUUGUCAAUGCCUCAAUGGAUGAACACAAGACUUGCUUCAAAAACACCAUGGACAAGAUAAUGGGGAGGUCGAAUGCAGUUGAAGAGAAGAAGGUUGAGUCUACGGAAGUCAAGAUUCAGGCGCCUCUUCAGGCAGCAGAUUCAUCUUAAAAGUUCUCAACUUGUAGUUGGCUUUUAACCAAAAAAAAAAAAAAUUAAUCCUAUUUUUCUUGUUUAACAUUAGAAGUUGCAGAACAAGUUUCUAUGAUGUGCAAAAAAUAUCUUCAAGUGUUUGGGUGUUAAUAAUAUCUUCGUAAAACCCCGCUUUUUGGUUUUUUUUUUUAUUUUUUAUUUUUUUGACUUCUUGAUUGCCAAUCUUAAAUCAUAAAGGCAAUGGCAUGAAGAACUAUCUUAUACUUGUUGCACUUUUAAAA